AACCGGGAUUAUCGCCAUAUUGCCCUUAGAGUCUAGGGCCGCGCGCCCGUAGCACCAAAAGUAAUUCGUGAAAAUGUUAAGAUACGGGUACGCGAUCAAGAAUUUAUCAAAAAUUACAAGAAAACCAUGCCUGAGCUACGAGCAGAUUCCUUUAAAAUAUAUCGGUAUUAUAAGUGCCAGUCGAAACUACAGCGAUGCCGGUGAUAAGAAGCCGGGUAAUCCUAACAGACCACCCGGCACUACGUUGAAAGCGGAAGAAUGCAUUCCUUCAAAUCAGUCGAAAUCGAAGGGAUCAUUUUCCUCAGAUCCUGUUUGUCCAAUCGAUCCGAAUGUUGAAUGCCCUUUGAGUCCCAACCGGGAUUGUGGUAAAAGGCCAGAACCAUUCGAGGAAGAUGGCAACCGCAAGAAGCAGCAACGGGUAUGGAUGCAAUUGCUGACUGCUCUCUUCAUCACUGGAGCCACCAUAUACAUGGUGAAUCGAAUGGGCUGGUUGCAAACAUCUGAAACGCUUCAAAUACCGAAACAAAAGAAGAAGAAAAAAGCAGAGAGAAAGAAAGUUAAGAUUCCAGCUGUCUCUUCAGAAAUAGUAACAGAAAUUCCUUACCUCUUGAUCGGGGGAGGAACAGCUGCUUUCUCAGCAUUCAGGUCUAUAAAAUCAAGAGAUCCCACAGCAAAGGUUCUGGUUGUAACGGAAGAAGGGGACCUCCCCUACAUGAGGCCCCCGUUGUCCAAAGAGCUUUGGUAUAACAAAGACAGAGAGACUACAGAGAAAUUAAAAUUCAAACAAUGGAACGGGUCAGACCGAAGCUUGUUCUAUGAGCCUCCAGAAUUUUACACUCCUGUUCCAGAAUUAGCACAAUCACAUAAAGGAGGUAUCGGCGUAGCUUUAGGAUGGAAAGUUAGUCAAAUUGACGUCGUUAAUAGGACGGCAGUACUUGAAGAUGGUCACAAAAUAAAAUAUGAAAAAUGUUUAUUAGCCACUGGUGCCUCGCCCAAGAACCUUCCAAUAUUUGAAACUGCGGAUGAUGCAAUUAAAAGUAAGAUCGUACCAUUCAGAACAAUAGAAGACUUCCUCAAGCUAGAGGAGAGCAUUCGUGAUUCAGCAGUACAGAAUAUAGUUAUUGUUGGUGGAGGAUUCCUUGGUUCCGAAGUUGCGUGUUCUUUGGUCAGAAACUUAAAUCCAGACCAAAAAACGGUUCAUCAGAUCUUUAAAGAAAAAUACAUAAUGGCUCAAGUGCUGCCUGAAUACUUGAGUGAAUGGACUACGACCAAAGCAAUGCUCGAAGGAGUGAGAUGUAUGCCUGAAACUGAGGUUGCAGAUGUCGAAAUGAAGGGUGGGCACUUGAAACUAAUUUUAACAGAUGGAUCCAAAAUUGACGCAGAUCAAGUUAUCGUAGCAGUUGGUGCGCAAGCGAAUACCCAAUUAGCUCAAUCUUCUAAUCUUGAAAUUGACGCAAAAGUUGGUGGUUAUCUUGUUAAUGCUGAAUUAGAAGCAAGGAGCGAUUUAUGGGUCGCAGGGGAUGCAGCUUGUUUCUAUGACGUGAGAUUGGGCAGAAGGCGAGUUGAGCAUCACGAUCACGCUGUUAUAUCUGGAAGAUUAGCAGGCGAAAAUAUGACUGGCGCUGGUAAACCCUACUUGCAUCAGUCCAUGUUCUGGUCAGAUCUUGGACCUGAAAUUGGUUACGAAGCAAUAGGGAUCGUUGACGCAUCCUUACCAACAGUAGGUGUCUUUGCUAAGGCAACGGAUCAAGACACCCCGCUUGCUGCUGUCACUGCAUCCAAUGAGGGUUUGAGAUCAGUUAGUGAAGAGCACAAUUCACAGGGUAACAAAUCGGCAGCAAUUAUACAAGCAACACCGGUAUCCCAGAAGCACGCAUCUGUAGAAGGGUUGAAAUCAGCAGAGUCUACAAAGAAUGUCAAAAGUGACAAAAAAGACAGUAAAUCAUGUGAAGACGAGGGAGGAAAUAAAGUAGAGAAGCCCCGUGACGACUUUGGAAAGGGAGUUAUAUUCUAUCUACGCGAUGACGUCGUAGUUGGCAUUGUCUUGUGGAACAUAUUCAAUCGCAUGUCCAUUGCUCGACAGGUUUUGGCUAGUGGAACAAGGUACGACGAUCUGAACGAGGUAGCUAAACUGUUUAGCAUUCACGAAGACUGAUAGCACUGAAGUUGCAUUUACCAUCGAAUCACUGUUUGUAAAUAUUCGUGUUACUUGCUAUCUAGUUCUUGUAUGUAUUUUACACCCUGUACUAAGGUACGAUCUCUAAUGAUUUGACAGAUAAACUUUAGGAAACAUAAAAUAUUGUAGAUAUCAUUUCUCUUAGAAUCAGGAAGUUAGUGUUUUAUCCGAAAUCCGGGUAAUUGUCACAUUUUCUCGCAAUCGUACAAAGUCUAUGUGCAUUUAUAUUACAAUAAAUAUAUAAAUAUCGAACGCUAAAUUAUGCACAUUGUUAGAAAAUAAAGGACAUCAUUGAUGGUGAAUACGGAUGAUAGUUUUUAUUCACCGUUAAGUAAAUAUUCUGGUUUUAAUUGUUUAGUGACUCUCAUCACCUGCAAAAACUAUGCAGUAGUAACAGUAAUCAACAUACAUUUUAUUGUAAUUUCCUGCGUACACUGUGCUUAAUUAAAUGAUUGUCAUAUUAAAGUAUUGUGCUUAUUGCAGUACUUGUUAUUACUUCUGGAAGAAGUUCGGUCUUGGUAAUUAGAUAGGAAAUCAUGUAACUAACGCUGCCUCUUGGUAUGUAAGCAGGGGCAAAGUCAUAUUGCGAUACCGUUUCGAUAAAAGAUCCAUCAAUUGUAAAUGAUUUCCAGAUCGAUAGUCAGUUAAAUCCUGUAACAUUGAAAUCAUAUGUACGGUAAAAUUACUGUAAUUUUUGAAAACUCUCGCUGCUUUAAGCUACGAGAAUAAUUUUACGCACCAUAUGUUCUGGCCACAUUUUUCCAGCAGUUACAUCUUCUAAAAGUUGGUUUUGACUGUAGUGUAACAACGAUGUACAGUAAUACAAUGGAUAGUCAGCUGGAUACAAAAUACAAAUGGUUAGCAAAUGUAUGAUUUCGCACCAUGGUAGUAUCCUCCAGAAACAUUGAGAUAUGAUUUCAUCACAAAUAAUCCACCAGUCUGUACCGCAGUUGUUCUGUGAAAUUUGACAGACACAUAUUAUUUUUAAGAAAAAUUCCGGGUCUGAGUUUUGAAAAAUCCACUAUGUAAAGACAAAAACCUUUAAAGCGUAUUUGAUGCUAGGCAAUUCAUUUGCCACGAUAUUUUCCAGGAGAUGUGAGAAUGUGGUUUGAAAGUUUACAGGUAAAUUCUGUUCACGACUCACAGCUUUUCCUAGCAUAGGCCAAAUGUAAAUAAUCGAUGGGAAUUGAACUAUUUGCGUGAUGAAAGUUUUACACCUUGAAAAGUAUACAACUCAUUAGGAAAGUGAUAUAAAAUUGGUUUUGAUUUUUACAUUAACUUUGGCAGGUCAGUGAUGAUCCAUUAAAACUGAGCCACGUAACUUUCAAGCUACUGCAAUGACGGUGAAGUUUUCAAUCUGAGACCUGCCUAUGAUGAAAUAUGGUUUGCUAGAGUCACUUUUUAUGGAAAGUACAAGGUCUUUAACAAAUUGCGGCAAUUAGUUACAGAACUUUACUUCUGAAAAGCGUGAUUCGCGGCCACCUGAGGCAACAAAAUUAAAAAUUGCGUAUGCUCACCUGUCCAUAUCUCCAUCACAAAUAAUAAAAACACUUGCAAUGAACCAGUCAAAUCCUUCAAAAUUUUUUUUCCACCCGUAAUACUUAAUGAAUCCGUGAACCUCUUUCAAGAAAAUUUUCAAGUUUGUUUUCGCAAGUGACGUAACUUUCAUAAGCCGAUUUUGUUCUGCGUACAGCAAAGUUAAUUCAAUGCCGUAAACUUCUUGGGGCAUCAGUGUGUCGUGAUCAUUAUGCACUGGCCACUCGAAAUGGUUUGUCAAUUCUAAUUCAGGAACUGCCUUUUGCAUUUGAUCAAGUAGAUUAAUCACGACGGAAUGCUAAACAUAUUUGAAAAAAUUUAACAUCAGAUCUGAAAAAGAGAAACUCUUAUCUGCUGAAAUUUGAUGCUUACUUGUAUUGGUUCUUUACUAGAAAUCUUAUGAGCCUUCCUCGCUUGUGACACCCAUCCAUUAUCUCUGAGUCCAGGCUUAUUUUCUUGGAGAAAUCUUCCUAAUUCUGAAUGUAAGGGUAUGGUGGGGCAAAGUUUUUCCACAUCAAAUUUCACAGGAGGCGGUAAUUUAGAAAACAAUUCUGUCUGCUCUAGCACUUCUGUAUCACCAAUGAAUUUAGUUAUAAUGCAAUAGGAUUUCAAAAGUACUUUGUGGCGAUGGAAACCUGCCUCAUCAAUUGCAUAUAUUAUUUUAAGUUCGCCAUCGCUUUCUAUCUCGAUGAUACACGUUUCUUGAAGAUUGAGGAGUAGUUCCUUUACAAACAACAAAAGUUCACAUUGAUUUGUAGCAUAAAUCAAGCUGUAGAUACUUUGGAUUCUUUUAUAAUUCGUACCUGAUAAUUCAGUACGUGCUUCAAAAAAAUAUUUGCAUUCAAGCUAUCGAGGAAAACGUUCAGCGCCAUAAGCGCAAGGCAGUGAUAUGGUGAAUUAGAGUUUACAGAAUGUUGUAAUAAUUCCCAUAAAUUACUGGGGUGACUGUCUUUGCUAGAUGAAAUUUCUUGACUUGUAUCAUCCAAUAGAGCGAUGAAGCCUGUAAAAAAUUAUUGAAAAAUAGGUUUCUGCAUAAUUUGAAUAUUAAUAUAACGUAAGAGCUGAUUAAACGUACACAAGCUGUUCAACGACAAUAGUCUUAGGAUGUGUAAAAACUCUUUUACAACACAAUCUUCCCAAGGAUCAUGAAAAUUGUGAGGAUCUUCUAACUUUGUGCAAAUAUCAGUUAAUACUUUUGAUAAGAAGUGAGGGGCUAGGUCUCUCAAGAUCGUAAAACCCACUGGCUCCAAAGCCGCAGUGGACAGAACAGCAACAACGUUAUUACAGCUCCAAGACGACUUGAAUGGCUCUAUUGAGCCUCGCAACAGUUCUUCAAAAACUGACUCCUCACGAGUCAAUAACUGUAAAGCGAGAGGUAGAGAAACCACUUUAAGCAGCGUAGUCUUAAUUGCUCUGUAAAAGAAAAAUGAAAUGAAGGAAACAUUAUCUAAAAUUAAGAGCAAAUGAUAUUUUCCUACCUAUCGAGAGAUUGCUUUUUCAUUUCAUUUUCCAUUGAGUACUUAUCCAUUUUGUUGUACAGAUGGGCGAUUGCUGAAUAAAAUUCAUCUUGUAAAAUA